AUGGACUCGGAGCUGCGAUUGUCCUCUCCCCGCUUAGGACCUUCUAUGCCAAUAAACGAGUCCAACCUACAGUUGGGCCAAUUUGACCCAGAAUCACAACCCUUCGGCUCAUUCCGUCCCCCGACCGAAGCUGAAUCACAGCUCCAGAACGCGACGCAGGCGUUUAUUCGUCCUCCACGGUCAGGCGAGCCAGCGACAAAUUUCAUCACCACAUCUCCAUCCACACAACAGCAAUCGCACCAAGGUCAUCCUAUCAAUGGAGUUGCCUCGCACUUACAACCGCAAGGGCAAUCCUCCAAUGUUUUACACCAAUCGCAGGACUACAACAAUGGCGUCGCCCAUGCAGCGAAUAUGAGUGGGGCAUUGCAUGGCGCUGGUACUGGACAAAUGGGCCCUCCAGCGUCACUGUCGCAAAACGAGCUAGCGAUGGGGAAUAACGCGCAUCAAGCUCAGAAUAACAGCUUAACAACGCUGCAGUCUGCAAGUCAACCAUUUCAACCAGACUUUAUCGACCUAGAUUCUGGCUCCACGGAUCCGGUGUCCUUCACUGGGCCUGGAGAGCUGCAAGGCUUCAAAGUGGUUCCAAAUCCUCCGCAUCUGGAUUACUGGAGAGAUAGGUUGUUUAAUGUUGAUGAAAUGAUCACUCUAAGCGAAGAGGAAUUCCAAACCUACUUCCCCCACGUUGACAAUGUAUACUCUCAUCGCUCAACCCAGCGGUACAAACGUAAACCUUUCGUCUCACAUUACUGGGACUGUCGACUCAAAGGACGACCUCCCGGGACCCCCAAAUCUGAUGACCCAGAAAAAAAGAAGCGCAAGCGUACGGCCAGAGAACGGGAUCUCUGCCAUGUCAAAAUCAAAGUUGUGGAAUACUUCCCAGUGUCGGAAAUAUCAAAUACAACCCCUGCAGUCGAGCCCUUGCCAUCUAAUAUCCUGCCUGGUAUGUAUACAUUCUCUCUGAAUGAUGACCCUGCGAUCCGGAAUGUCCAAACAUUCGGUAUGCUCACGCCAAACCCUGGUUUACCACCAAACCAUCCCGGAUCGAAUGGGGGGAGAUAUUUCACUAUACAACGGGUGAAUGGCAAUGGUGCCAACGGGAAGAAUGACGGAGUGAGUGGCGGUCAUCAACAUACGCUUGAAGAAAGCGACCGUGUCAAGAAGAGUAGUGUGCAACGAUAUGUCCUGAAGGAAAAGAAAGACAAAAGAAUGAGAACGGACCGAGUCAUGUCUCGAACAGGCCAAAAGUCAUAUCACACAAAAGCGACGGGUCUGGCCGCUGAAACUGCGAUCAAACAUUCUGCCGAUGUUAAUCUCAAGCUAUUUGGGAGCUGCUUCUGUCCCUUCGUGCAACGGGUAUGGAUUGCAUUGGAACUGAAGGGUAUCCCGUACCAAUACAUCGAGGUGGAUCCAUAUGAGAAGCCCCAGUCGCUGUUAGAGGUGAAUCCAAGAGGGCUUGUUCCUGCUUUGCGGCACGACGACUGGGGAUGCUAUGAAAGCAACGUGUUGUUGGAAUAUCUGGAGGAUCUGGGUGUAGGGGCUGCAUUGCUUCCAGGAGACCCAAAGCUGCGCGCUCACUGCCGGUUGUGGGCGGAUCAUGUCAAUCGGCACAUCGUGCCGAGUUUCUACCGUAUACUGCAAGAGCAGGACCAACAGAAACAGAUCGAGAAGACACAGGAGCUGCGAGACGCGAUGGAGAAGCUGCUCGAAGUGGCGCAUCCCAAGGGGCCCUUCUUCAUGGGUCCGCAGAUGUCACUUGUGGAUGUUCAAGCUGCCCCGUGGAUUAUUCGGCUGCGGCGGGUCCUGAAACCAUACCGAGGAUGGCCAGAUGCUGAGGAGGGAAGCAGGCUUGCCAUUUGGAUGAAUGCAAUCGAGACCAACCAGCAUGUGCAGGCGACAACUAGUACGGAUGAGCUGUACCACGACAGCUAUGAGCGAUAUGCCCAGAACCGUCCAAACACAUCCCAGGUCGCAAAUGCAAUUAACGCAGGACGAGGCCUUCCUUAA